AUGUCUUCUGUCUUCUACUACGAGCCCUUCUCGGACUUUGACCGCCUCUUCGAUGAGGCGUUCAACGCCCGCACUGGCAACAACAACAACGGCCAGCGCCAGCGCCAGAUCGGCACCACCUCCAACAUCAUCCAUCCAAGGAUGGAUCUCCACGAGGAUGCGAAAGCCAACUCGGUAGUCGCCUCCUUUGAGCUUCCGGGGUUCAAGAAGGAAGACGUGCACAUCGACGUGCACAACGGGCGCUUGACCGUCUCUGCGGACAGCAACGUGUCGACCGAGACGAAAGAGGAGGGAUACGUUGUGAGAGAAAGGCGGUUCGGGAAGUUCUCUCGGACGCUCCAGCUCCCUCAGGGCGUUAAGGACGAGGAAAUCAAGGCCACGAUGCAGGAUGGCGUACUCACCGUCACGUUCCCCAAGUCGGCUCCUGAGCUGGCACCCAAAAAGAUCACCAUCUCGUGA